GGAGAGAGCUGGAAAAUUGGUGGUUAGAAGGAUUGAUAAAAUGGGGGUCGAGGUUCUGAUUGGCUAAAUUCGUUACAAUCGCAACGAUGGGGGGUCUGCCUAUUUUGCGCGACCUGCCCCCCCCUGCAUAACCUGCCUAAUCUGGGUUAUGUCCCAGUGGCGGCUAUCGUCUUCCGUAGUUUGGCCUGGUCGACCCCUGAUUUGACAAUCUCCUCAUGGUCUUCAUCUAACCGUCAUGGUACCUGCAUUUCCACUCUCCGCGUGUAACAGUCGUGAUGUCAAGCUCUUCGGGUGCCAGUUUUGUCUCCUAGAUCCGACCAACUGCAUCACCACCCCCAACUGCACCCGCCCCUUCCUCGAGUCGCUCACCUCGGCCUACCUCGCCGCCCAACGCGCCGGCGACCCCUCUCUCCUCACCACCAUCGCCAGCCCAGGCCCCAACCUCAUCUACCUCGAAAACAACCUCGCUACCCCACUCACCACCUCCACCCUCGCCACCCCCCUGCGCAUCGACUUCGCGCGCACCAUCCACGACCCCGACCAGUGCGCCGCUUUCGCAGAGGUCAUCGCCGCGACGGAUGAGCGGCCGCAUGUUAUUCAUACCCGCUUCGUGCUGGCGCUCAACGAUGGUGUUGUGGAUGGGAAUGGGGCGCGGUUAGAGCUGCAGCUCGUGGAGUCGGUGGUGACGAACGCGGGUGACUGGCUGUUUAAUGCGACGGGGACUUUGGAGCUGAAUGCUGGUGAGGGGGAGGGGGCGUGGGGGGAGAUUCCGGAGGGGGAGCGGGCGGCGGAGCGCGGGGCGGUGCAGGCGCUGGGGGAUGCGUAUUUCGAUCGGUUUGGGGAUGUGAGUGUGGUGGUGCCGUGGGCGGCGGAGCCGUGUUAUAGGCUGGAAGGGGGGUUGCCGGCGCGCGGGGAGGUGGUGGAGGGGGAGUGUGUGAUGGUGUGGCCGAGCACGAUCGUGGUGCCGUAUCGGAGGUAUGUGGUGGAUGUGGUGCUCGGCGCGGUGAGUGUGUUUGUGGGGUUUCCGGGACUGGACCGUACGCAGGGCCAGGCGGCGAUGCCGGAUAGUCAUUUGUUUCGGGUGGAGGGGGGGAAGAUUAAGUUCUGUCAUACGGCGUCGGCUUGUGUGGUGGAUGGGUGCGGGCUGAACGGGACGACAUUUGGGAAGAGGGGGCUGAGGCCUGUUAGGUUGAGGGUUUGA